AAAUUUUUGGAGAAUGUAGAUUGAAGCAAUAUCUUCUUGCUGCUAAAAUUUCGCUUUGGGUUUUGCAGUAGUCUUCGAAAGAAAUUGAUUCAAAAUAAGUGUUUAUUUUCGAGGUUACCAACAAGUGUUUUAACUUGAAGUUGAUAUUUGCAAAGUUUAGUGACAAUUAUGUAAAGAUUUUUGCCUCUGCUUUUAAUUGGCUACUGAAGGCGGUGGAAAAACAUUAGUUUCGAGAUUUCAAAAACUGUAGAGCUAUUUUUAAGAAUUAAGUUAUGGCUCAGACUGCAACAUUAGGAUGGAUCGACUUCUUCGUUAUUUUUCUAAUGCUCGGAGUGAGUUCAUCAAUCGGCAUUUACUACAGACUCACUGGUGGACGACAAAAGACUACACAGGAAUACUACACAGCAAAUAGAUCAAUGGGUGUAUUCCCCAUCGGAAUGGCACUCAUGGUCUCUUUCAUGUCAGCCAUAACACUUUUAGGCGUAUCCUCGGAAAAUUACAUCUUUGGAACACAAUUCGUGGUUAUCAACAUUUCAUACAUUAUUGGAACUCCAAUUGUAUGUUAUUUUUACAUGCCAGUGUUUUUCAAGCUCCAAGCAACUAGUGCCUAUGAGUACUUGGAGAAGAGAUUUGGAAUGAGCGCAAGAUUGACGGCGAGUUUUAUUUAUUGGAUUCAAUUGCUUUUAUAUUCGGGCGUUGUCUUGUAUGCACCGGCUUUGGCUCUAGAGGCCACAACAGGAUUGUCGAAAAAUUUGAGUAUCGUUCUCAUUGGCGUGGUGUGUACAUUCUAUUCGACUGUUGGUGGCAUUAAGGCUGUGUUAAUUACUGACCUUUUUCAAGGGUUCCUCAUGUUUUUUGCCGUUCUUGUUGUCAUUGGUACGGCCGCAUAUUCGGUUGGGGGAAUUUCGGAAAUUUGGAACAUUGCACAAGAAGGAGGACGCAUUCAGUUCGACAGCAUUUCCUUGGAUCCGACUGUUCGACACACAUAUUGGUCACUAAUUAUCGGAGGUCUCUUCACCUUCCUAUCACUUUACGGAGUUAAUCAAGUCCAAGUGCAGAGAUUAAUGACAGUUCGAAAAAUAAAAUCGGCACGAUUGGCACUGUGGUUGAGUUUGCCGAUUCUUAUGUGUCUUUCGGUGUUGACAUGUUUCUCUGGACUGGCAAUGUACACAAAAUAUCGAAGGUGCGAUCCUGUGAAGGAGGGCAGAAUUAAUCUUCCUGACAUGCUGCUGCCACUUUAUGUCAUGGACACUCUGUCACAUUUACCCGGAGUUCCAGGAUUCUUCAUAGCUGGAAUUUUCAGCGCCGGAUUAAGUACAAUUUCCGCGGCGCUUAAUUCAUUGUCGGCGGUUAGUUUGGAGGAUUAUAUCAAACCGCUUUAUAGAAAAUUCACGAAGAAUGAGCUUCCAGAUUCGAGGUCUUUGGUGAUUGGGAAAUUACUAGCUGUCAUCUUUGGUAUUUUGAGUAUUGCCCUAGCGUUUUUGGCACAAUAUUUAGGAGGCGUUCUACAAGCUAGUUUGACAAUUUUUGGUGUCGUUGGAGGUCCGUUGUUGGCAAUUUUCACCUUGGGAAUGAUUUCCCAAAUGGCAACGCAACGAGGCGCUGUUAUUGGUACCCUAAUUAGUUUAAUAUUUUCCUUUUGGAUGGCGUUCGGUCAACCGAGACCGAGAGCACUGACUUUGCCGGUUUAUACUGAUGGCUGUGAUGCGCAGAAUCUACUUACUCCUACUAACACUACUUUAUUAAAUAGAGCGGACAAUUCUUCCUUCUUCUAUUUGUACCGAAUUUCGUACAUGUGGUACUGUCCAAUUGGAUUUGUUAUUGCUAUUGUGAUAGGAUUUUUUAUUAGUUUUGUAGAAAAUAUGGUGAGUGGAAGAAAGGAGGAAUACAAGGAUCCGAAUCUAUUUUUCCCUAUGGUAGCUAAACGUCUGCGACGAAAACAAAGAAAACUUUAUCCAAAUAUAAUGACGCAGAAGGAUAAUAUACAAAUUGAUAGCUCUAGCCACUCUGACAGAUCUAGUACGAUACUUUAAUUCCUUUCGGUCACAAAAUAAAUAUUUGUACCCAGAGUCCUUACUAGGGUGUGGGGCGUGAUUUUUGUUAAUAAAAUUUUUAAUUCUUUUUUAUAAGCGGCGCAAAUAAUUUACUUGGCCCGGGACGCUCAAUGAGCUGGAUUAAUUGAAACAAAGUGAAAUUUUAAUAGUUUUUAAAGUUAAGGUCAUGUUAUUCAGUGUGAUGUUCUUCCAUAGUAAAGUAUAUAGGGCACGUGACCACUAAAUAACAUAGCCUUAAAUUAAAUUUUUAAUGUUUUUUAUCAGAGUUAAGAGGUAUUUCACUGGGUGUUCGAGAAGAAAGUUCAUUGGAGGGCGGAACGACUUUAGUUCGGCAUCUGCGCAGUUUUCUAAUUUGAACACUCUGCGCAUUUAGAUUAUGCGCACUCGUUACUUUUCCAUCACUGUCUCAAUUUUCUUUUCUCUUUUUUAAUAAUAAGAACAAUAAUAACAAGUCUUACUGUGAAAUUCUGUGAUGUUACGAAGAACGUAGUGAAAAUGUAAUUAUUAAGUAGAAUGAUAAUUCGGUUCCCAGCUGGGUACUAGAGACAAUAUUGGAAUCUGAUAUACUACGAUACGC